AUGAUGUGGCCAACGGGAUUCCCCCCUACCUCCCAGGAGUAUUUCGAAAGCUUCCUUUUGACUGAACCCGGCUCAUCCAUCGCCUCCGGGAUCGAGCCUUGCUUCAACGAGUAUGUCGAACGCUACAUGUACCCUGGAUUCGGCCAGCACAUGGUGAUCAGUCCGUCGUCAUACAUCGCCUACGAGAUGGAGUAUGGCCAAGAGCCGUACGCAAACCAGACGUACCCUCUGCCAUCCCAAUCGACAAGCUACAAGCUCGCCUCGAACGAGGUCAACAAAGAUUUGGACUGGCCCGAGGGCGUCAAUAUCGACCCCUUGAUAGCGGCGAUAUAUCGCAACGCGACGAAGAGCCCGCUUUGCGGCCUCCCUGACCACAUCUUGGUCAACAUCAUGCAGCAAACGGAUCUGACCACCGCCUGCCAACUCCGCCGCGCCUCGCGAACAUUCAUGAGGAUCUUCUCUUCGAGGCUCUUCUCAAAAUGGCAUAAGAACGGCGACGGGUACGGCUUUUUAUGGAAAUCGCCUUUCCAGGCCAAGGGCUGGAGGCUGCAAAACCAACCGCACGCCUAG